UUAAUUGUGCAGUCUUCUGUUUUAAUUUAAAAUAACCCGACAGAGCUACGACAGUUUGGUCCUUCGAGCUAUUAAGUUGCCCAGUAAAAUUUUGCAAAUCAUUAUCAACGUCAUCGGUCAUCGUGUGCGCGUCGAGUGAACUUUGUACCCCGCGCACCACGUCGCCGAAAGCACAAAGAAGUCGUCCCCGAAGCAGACUACGUGGUCACCGUGGAAGCCGAUGUCAUUCUUGGGAGUAUAAUACUGUAUUUGAACUCAAAUUGAAGUGCUUGCCGACGAUGCCGAGUCUACGUUUACUGAGCGUGAGGACUUUGACCGCCAGUUCUUCAGUCUGGUGGCACUCACGCGCAGCCUGCUCGGUGCUUCGAACAACGGUGUCGGGUCGGAGGCUGGCUUCAAGGAUGCUGACUCAGGUGCACAUAUUUCCUCACGGAAUAAUUUUGUUCGUUUGCCAAAAAUAGAAUUGCCACAUUUUGAUGGAAACUACCAAUCCUGGCUUGAGUUUCGAGAUACUUUUAGUUCAUUGGUUCACGACAAUGCUAGCAUCAACGCCAUAAACAAGUUCCACUACUUGCGAGCUUCACUCCAGAGCAAAGCGGCCUUAAUAAUUAAAAACAUUGAUUUUAAGGCCGAACAUUAUCAACUUGCAUGGGACCUGCUAUGUGAAAGGUUCAAUAAUAACCGUCUUCUUGUGGACAACCAUUUGCGAGCUUUAUUUGAUGAUGUGGAACCAAUACUUACGGAAUCAAGUGUUGGUAUAAGAAAUUUAGUUGAUCUAAUUAAUAAAAAUAUUAGGGCACUGACAACAUUAAAAAAGCCUACACAACAUUGGGAUUUAAUUAUAAUUUAUUUUAUGGUAAAAAAAUUAGAUAGCAUUACUCGUCGUGACUGGGAAGAAAAUAGGAAUACUGCUUUAAACAAUGAUGAUCCUACUUUACAACAAUUUUGUUCAUUUUUAGGCAAGCGAGCCGACUGGUUGGAAUCUGUUGAAUCGAAUAAUUGUUCUUCAAAACAUAAUUCUAUUGUAGCCUUAAACAAUAGUCAUAUAAAUAAAAUUAAUUCUAAAACUAAUACUCAAAUACAAAAACAACAAAAUAAAAAAUCAAACUAUAAUCAUAAAAACAACAAAUGUCCGCUUUGCUCCCAAGUACAUACUUUAUACAGAUGUGACUCAUUUAGAAGCUUAUCUAUUGAGGCUCGCAUACAAAAGGUAACGGGUAUAAAUAAUCAUGUCUCCACCAGCACACAGUCUUGUCACCUCACAAUAGAAUCUUUAUGCUGUGCCUUUGCUGUAGAUAUAGAUUGUCAUAUUUUACCUGAAAUUACCAAAGUUCUACCGUCUUCAUUCGUGCAUAUUAGUCAUGUUCCUAUUCCUUCAGGUCUUAUGCUAGCAGACCCGAACUUCAACGUUCCGUCGGUCGUAGAUAUCCUGGUAGGGGCUGAUGUCUUUUGGAAUGUCAUAGGCAAUAAAACUAUUGAUUUAGGAAAGCACUUACCUACAUUGUGUGAGACCAAGCUCGGGUGGCUUGUAUCCGGUAGUGUUUCACAUUCAACAAGCUUAUCUUCAAAUCAUUGUUGCCAUCAUUCUAGUGUCACUCCCGAUCUUACUUACUUUUGGGAGCUUGACAAUGUUUCCUCUAAACAUUCGAACUCACUUGAAGAGCGAAUGUGUGAGCAGCUUUUCGCUCAAAACACGUUUCGUAACAAUGAUGGAAAAUUUGUCGUUACUAUGCCUUUAAAGGGAGAUCCAAGUUCAUUAGGUCAUUCUUACCUAAAUGCAAGGAAUCGUUUUUUAUCCCUUGAACGACGAUUUGAACGUGAUCCUUCAUUCAAACGUAAAUACAUUGAGUUCAUCAAAGAAUAUGAACACUUAGGUCACAUGACAUUAGACUCCGACUGUACUCCAUCACCUGAAAACUCCAUUACUAAAUAUUACAUUCCGCAUCAUGGAGUCAUACGUAGUUCCAGUACCACAACACAACUGCGCGUAGUCUUCGACGCAUCGGCCCCUACUAGUACCGGGGUGUCUCUUAACGACAUUCAGAUGGUCGGGCCCGUAGUACAAGACGAACUGUUUUCUAUUAUAACACGUUUUCGUCAGCAUAGGUACGUGGUCUCAGGUGACGUGGAAAAAAUGUACAGGGCCAUUGAGUUGAAUCCUAUUCAACGACCUCUUCAAAAAAUAAUUUUCAGGUUUGAUCCCUCAGAACCCCUUAGGACGUACACUUUGAACACCGUCACUUACGGUACUGCUUCAGCUCCCUACUUAGCCACUAAGUGUCUAGUAUCUUUGGCUGAUAACAUUGAGGACGAGCGUGUCCAAUCUGCCAUACGACGUGACUUCUACGUUGAUGACUUUCUUAGUGGAGGGGAAACUAUAGCUGAGACAAUUGAAAUCGCAAAAAAGGUACAAACGGUUCUAUCUUCUGCUAAAUUUAAUUUACGUAAAUGGCGAUCAAAUCAUCCUGAAAUUCAUAAUCAAAUUACUGAUAGUAACGUGUUACAUAAUAAAUUGCAUUUUUCGGAGCAAGGUACGUAUCCUACUCCAUCAAAAACCCUAGGGCUUAUCUGGGUAUGUGACUCAGAUACUCUAACAUACUCAAUUAAUAUCACUUCCACUACAAAAGUCACCAAGCGUCAUGUCCUCUCUGUUAUCAGUCAAAUCUUUGACCCAUUAGGCCUCGUUGGUCCAUGCGUCGUCGAAGCAAAGCUAAUCAUGCAGCGUCUAUGGCUAGAAAAAUAUGACUGGGACGACGUAGUUUCGCUCGACAUUGAAAAUAUUUGGUCUACAUUUGUGAGUAGCAUAACAUCAUUAAAUAGGUUAAACGUUCCUCGUUGGGUUUUGCGUGAAGAUUCCGUUAUUCAUGAAGUACACAUUUUCACCGAUGCAUCUGAGAAGGCGUAUGGCGCUUGUGUGUACAUUCGGUCUUGCAGUAGUGAUGGAUCUAUAGGCGUCCAGCUUCUAGUCUCUAGAAACCGUGUAGCGCCUAUCAAACCUACAACGAUACCGCGACUUGAGCUUUGCGGAGCUUUGUUAGGUGCAAGGCUGUGUGCUAAGGUUCAGGAAUCGCUUACCAUACCCAUUCACAAAUGUAGAUUCUGGUGUGACUCAACCAUAGUUCUAGCUUGGCUUUCUGCUAACUCUAGUCAAUUGAAACCUUUUGUUAAAAACCGAGUCAAUGAAAUUCAAGAAAUCACGUUUGGUCAUACCUGGAGCUACGUACCGUCGAAGGACAACCCGGCGGAUCUUGUUUCCCGUGGUCUUAGGGCAGACGUUAUUAAAGACACACCCCUCUGGUGGUCUGGGCCCUCCUUUUUGAAGCAUGAUGAAACCGAGUGGCCCAAAAUACCCAACACAGGGAGAGAUAAUUUGCCGGAAGUAGUGACUCAUCUCAUUAAAAAUGAUAGUAAUGUGAAUCAUUCUAAUAUUAAUAAUCAUUCUGAUACAACCAUUCAUACAUCAAUUAUACAUACAGUAUUAACAAGAUAUUCUAGUCUAACAAAAAUACAAAAAAUAUUAACUUAUGUACUAAGAUUUACUUAUAAUCUAAAAAAUAAAAAUAAAUUGUGUGGCAAUCUUUCUGUUUCAGAACUUGAAAAUUCAUUACAUUUAAUUAUACACUUUUCACAGCUUGAAAUGUUUCAUGAAGAGUAUAUUUUUUUAAAAUCUGGUCAGAAAUUGCCACGCAAAAGUAGGUUGUUGCCCUUGUCUCCCUUUAUAGACGAUAAUAACCUCAUCCGCGUGGGCGGAAGGCUUGAUAAUUCUCCCUAUGAUUUUAAUAUUAAGCACCCAAUAGUAUUAUGCAGUAAACAUGUUCUAACUAAGCUUAUAUUCCACAUGCAACAUUUAGAGCUUGCACAUGCUGGUCCACAAUUAUUACUGUCGCACAUUCGACAGACUUAUUGGCCGUUAGGUGGCAGAAACUUGUCUAGACUUGUGGUAAAUCAAUGUCUCAGGUGUUGCAGACACAAGGCUCAAAGCAUACAGCCAAUUAUGGGUCACUUACCCCAUUCUAGAACUCAGCUUGAGUUUCCAUUUUUGUAUAGUUACGUUGAUUACGCGGGACCAGUAUUGGUGGCCAAUCGUAAAGGCCGUGGUUGCAAACUAACAAAAUCUUAUAUGUGCAUCUUUGUUUGCUCAGCAGUGAAAGCCGUUCAUUUGGAGCUCGUCAGCGACCUCACCACCGAGGCUUACAUGGCCGCUUUAAAUCGGUUCGUGGCGCGUCGAGGCAAGCCUCGAAGUAUCACGUCCGAUAACGGGACAAACUUUGUAGGUGCAUCGAACGAGAUGCGUAGGUUCUUGGAAUCGUCUGAUGUUGCAACUGAAAUAGCGCAGCUGGGCAUUGAAUUCGUUUUCACGCCUGCAUACAGCCCACACUUUAAUUCACUGGCUGAAGCUGCUGUAAAAUCGUGUAAGCACCACUUAAAAAGAUUGCUGCAUAUUACUCAUUUAACCUUUGAGGAAAUGACUACUUGUCUAACACAUAUAGAGGCGGUGUUAAACUCACGUCCUCUCACUCCUCUUUCUUCGGACCCUAACGAUUUUUCGGCACUUACUCCUUCCCACUUCCUAAUUGGACGACCACUCUUAUCGGUGCCUUCUCCUCAGGUGACUGAAACCAACAUCACGCGGCUGGAUCGAUGGAAGAGGAUCCAGUUCAUUAGACAGCAUUUUUGGAACAGGUUUCAUAUAGAGUACAUUUCUCUGCUGCAGGCGAAAUCCAAGUGGUUCCAUUCAAGAGGUGAAGUGAAACCAGGGUCCUUAGUCCUGAUCAAGGACAAAACUGCACCACCUCUGCUCUGGUCCCUGGGUCGGGUCACCAUGACCUAUCCCGGCGUCGACGGGGUCACGAGAGUGGCAGAAAUCAAGACGAAGAAGGGCACCAUUCGUCGUGGUUUCAACAGCAUCUGCCCACUUCCAAUCCAAGAUUGAAGAAAGCUCUUCAACCCGGGGAAUAUGUCGGCGCAUUAGUAUGGCCAUCGACCAUAGAGGCGGCGACGCGCGGGACGGGGUAUAAAAACCCACGGCCGCGCGAGCGCCGCGCUUCUUCUUCAUCGACACACGCCAGCCAUAGCAUUCGGGCAUUUCUUUGUAUCGGUGCGAGCCGGUCUUGAUUCUGAUAUGUAAUAAUUAAACCUAUUAAUUGUGCA